AUGGCUCCUAAACAACCAUCCGGAUGGCAAAAACGUCAAAAGAGGAAACGACAAGAUGAAUUAGUGAAGUCACAAAAGGGUGCUAUGCAAAAAUUUUUGACGCCUAUUCCGCCUAUUGUUGAUGUGGAAAAACCACAAGAGCAUGUUGAAGUAGAACGGGAACACGAUGAAGUAGAACAAGAGCAAGAUCGUGUGGAAGUAGAAGACGAAGAACAUGUUGAAAAGCAACAAGAACAAGAACAUGUUGAAGAGCAACAACAAGAAGAGCAUGUUGAUUAUAUAUUUGAUCCAAGAAGGUGGGAAGGACUAAAUGCGGAUGAGAUUAAACUAUUGGUCGCGAAAGGUCCUAAAAGAGAUACUAGUAUUGAAUUUGGUCCAUAUGAUAAAUUUAAUAGACGAUUUUCAUCCACUAUUUAUACAAGAACAUUAUCAAACUUGGAGAAGUGUGAUAGAGAAUGGCUAGUAUAUUCGAAAGACCUAGAUAAGAUGUUUUGUUUUUGUUGCAAAGUGUUUAGAAAUGGGGCGCCAAAAGGUAGAUUGGGAGGUGUAGGUUUUGAUGAUUGGCACCAUGCUACCGGUAGAGUGAGAGAACAUGAAGUUUCUUUAGAUCAUCUCAUAAAUAUGAAAAAGUGGUUUGAUUUGCGUAAAAGAUUGAAAUCGGACAACACAAUUGAUAAAUUUCAAUAUGAGCAAUUCAAGAAGGAAGCAGAUUAUUGGAAACAAGUCCUUUUUAGAAUCAUUGCGCUAAUCAAAUUUCUUGCUAAGCAUAAUUUAGCAUUUCGUGGAAAUAAAGAAAAGUUGUAUGAAAAAGGUAAUGGAAAUUUCUUGGGUCUAGUUGAGAUGUUGGAAGAGUUUGAUCUGGUUAUCAAAGAGCAUGUUCGGCGGAUCACUAGUGACGACAUUCAUGUGCAUUAUCUUGGACACAAGAUCCAAAAUGAGAUAAUACUUAUGCUUGCUGAUGAAAUUAAAAAAGAACUUAUUAAGAACAUAAAAGAAGCAAAGUACUACUCAAUCAUACUGGAUUGUACCCCCGAUUCUAGUCACAAAGAACAGAUGACUAUAAUAGUGAGGUAUGUAAAGUUCUCAUCUAAUUCUGUUAUUGUUGAGGAGUCAUUUUUGGGGUUUUUAAAUGCUAAUGAUACCACUGGGAAGGGACUAUUUGAUGUAACUUAUGCGGAGUUACAAAAUCUUGGUCUUGAAAUUGAUGACAUGCGUGGCCAAGGAUAUGACAAUGGGGCAAAUAUGAAAGGCUCACAUCAAGGAGUCCAAACGAGAUUUUUAAAAGAAAAUCCAAGAGCAUUUUACACUCCUUGUGGUAGCCAUUCACUUAACCUUACAUUAUGUGAUAUGGCUUAUAGUUGUGUUAAAGGAAAGAGUUUUUUUGGACACAUCCAACGGAUUUAUACUAUUUUUGCAAAUUCUAUCAAUCGUUGGCAAAUUUUGAAAGAUAAUGUGAAAAACUGGAGUCUAAAGUCAUUGUCUCAAACUCGUUGGGAAAGUCGUUUUGAGAGUGUUAAGGCAAUCAAAUUGCAACUUGAUGAUGUGCGGGAAGCUUUGCUUGAAGUUGGAGAGACAGAUAGUGAUGCUGCAAUUGCAGAGGAAGCAUUAGCUUUAGCAGAAAAUCAACUUAGUGGAUUUGAUUUUUUGGUAUCAAUUGUUAUUUGGUAUGAAGUGUUAAACCGGGUGAAUAUUGUGAGCAAAAAAUUACAAGCAAAGGAUAUGCAUCUUGAAAUUGCUAUUCAAGAAAUAAACAAUUUGAUUGAGUACUUUAAGGAUUAUAGAGAAACCGGUUUUCUUAAAGCGAUUGAAGAAGCUACGGAGAUUGCUAGUGAUAUGGAAAUUGAUCCCAUAUUUAAAGAAAAACGUAAGAUUAAAAGGAAAAAAAGAAAAGAUGAGACUUCUAGUAGCGAAGAAGUUGCAUUUACAGUAGAAGAAAAUUUCAGAGUAAACUUUUUCUUAUAUAUUGUAGAUCAAGCCAUUGCUUCUUUAGAGAAAAGAUUUGAACAAUUUAAAUGGUACGAGGGUUUAUUUGGUUUUUUGUUUCCACGUACGUUGAGGAUUAUUAAAGAUGAAGAUCUUAAGUCGUCUUGUCAUCGUCUUGAAAAUGCACUCAGGUUUAAAGAAAAAUCGGAUAUUGAUGGCGAGGCACUUUAUACAGAGCUUAAUUUAUUUCGUGACUCACUAACCAAUAAAUUUAGCAGUCCUGUAGAUGUUUUGGAGUAUAUGAAAGAAGACGGUUAUUCCCCAGAAGCAUGCAUUGCAUAUAGAAUAUUGUUGACUAUUCCAGUCACUGUGGCAUCUGCAGAAAGAAGUUUUUCGAAGUUGAAGUUAUUGAAAUCUUACCUACGAUCUUCAAUGUCCCAAGAAAGACUUAGUGGGUUGGCGAUGAUUGCUAUCGAGAACGAAGUCUUAGAUGAUAUAAACUGUGAAGAGUUGAUUCACCAAUUUGCUAUCAAGAAUGCAAGGAGGGCUUCACGAAUCAUUGGUUAG